AAGAGGGGGGGCGGCGGCAAAGCAAAGCUAGGAACAACAAGGAGCGACUAGGGGAGGCAGUAUUAGUUCCCUGUGCUUAUCUGCAUGUGAAAUGGCAUCGAACCAAAAGUGUUAAAACAGUAGUUUUUUCCCCUUCGGGUCCGGCGGGUCUUCAGCUUGGCCCGAGUCGGUGUCAGUUGAUGUUAGCAUUGUGACGUUAGCUCCUGCGGCUAGCUCACUGCUGACUUCACGCAACUUGUCAACAGCCGAUCCUGGACGGGUUUCGCGACUGUUUUCGCUACAUGUUUAUUUUGUCCUGGUAAUUUUCUCGUAGCCGAAACAAAUUCCCGAACCAGCAGCAGAAUUGGGGGAGUGAAACUAUGAUGGCAACGUGACAGGAGGGGAGCCGCUGAGAAAGCUUAAACUGCAACCAUGGAAGGUACCAAGCAGCAUGACAGGGUGAACGGCCACAGCAAGCCCAAAUCCCCCCAGGACCCUGCGGAUGUCAGGUGGACGCCACCUAAGGGAGAAAUUGAAGGUUCUGACAGCUGCGGGGGUACAAGUGUGUCUGACCUGCAAGAGUUAAAGGGCAAGGAAAGUGAGGAUGAAGAGGAGAAGGACGUAGGUCCUCCCUCUAAAGGCCUGAAAGGGGACCAGAAGAAAAAAGAGAAGGAGAAUCUGGAUCAAGAGGAAAACAAUCAGAGCAAUCAAAACAGCAGCGCUUCUUCCGCCUACACAGACCUGUCUCAUACCUCGUCGCCCUCGCUGUCAGAACAGCUGCGUCUCGGCCAGGGAGACAGCACAGGAGCUGGCAUCAGUGUAGAGUGUAAGAUCUGCGGGGACAAAGCCUCUGGCUUUCACUACGGAGUGCAUGCCUGUGAGGGCUGCAAGGGCUUUUUCCGGCGGACCGUGAGAAUGAAACUGGAAUACGAUCGAUGUGAGCGCGCCUGCAAGAUCCAGAAGAAGAAUCGUAACAAGUGCCAAUAUUGCCGCUUUCAGAAGUGCCUGUCUUUGGGAAUGUCGCAUGAUGCGAUCCGAUAUGGACGUAUGCCUGAGGCGGAGAGGAAGAAGCUGGUGGCGGGCCUGAUUGCUGAAGAGCUGAACCAUAGCAAACCCGGUGGCUCGGACCUGAAGACAUUGGCCAAACAAGUCAACACAGCCUACCUGAAGAACAUCGUCAUGACCAAGAAGAGGGCCCGCGGCAUCCUGUCGGGCAAAACCAGCAGCACCUCUCCGUUUGUGAUCUACGACAUGGACACUCUGUGGAAGGCCGAAGGUGGUUUGGUGUGGAGCCAGUUAGUUCACGGCGCGCCCCUUACCAAGGAGAUCGGGGUCCACGUGUUCUACCGCUGCCAGUGCACCACCGUGGAGACCGUGCGAGAGCUCACGGAGUUUGCCAAAAGCAUUCCUGGGUUUGUGGACCUCUACCUUAAUGACCAGGUGACUUUGCUAAAGUAUGGUGUGCAUGAGGCUAUUUUUGCCAUGCUGCCCUCUCUCAUGAACAAAGAUGGACUGUUGGUGGCCAAUGGUAAGGGCUUUGUGACCAGGGAGUUCCUCCGCAGCCUAAGGAAGCCCUUCAGUGAGAUCAUGGAGCCCAAAUUUGAGUUUGCUGUCAAGUUUAACGCUCUGGAGUUGGAUGACAGUGACCUGGCCCUGUUUGUUGCCGCCAUUAUUCUCUGUGGAGAUCGUCCCGGGCUGAUGAACGUGAGGCAGGUGGAGCAGAGUCAGGACAACAUCCUCCAGGCCCUGGACCUCCACCUACAAGCGAACCACUCUGACUCGGCCUACCUCUUCCCUAAGCUGCUGCAGAAGAUGGCCGACCUUCGUCAGCUAGUUACUGAGAACGUUCAGCUUGUCCAAAAGAUCAAAAAGACUGAGUCGGAGACCUCGCUACACCCUCUACUACAGGAGAUCUACAAAGACAUGUAUUAGUAAUCCCCAGCACAGACUAUUUUUUAGCAAUACCGUUAGAUUGAAUUUUUACUACACUGCAUUCAGUAAAAGCACGGCUCCACAUACAGACACGGAUUGUAACGCACCGACGAGGCAAAGCAACGUGCGUGGCAGGGCUAAAACAAUCCGCAAAGUCUUCUCAAUGUCGACAUUAACCUCUCUGUGUGUGCGUGUGUGCGUGUGUGUGUGUGUGUGUGCGUGUGUGCGCGCGCAAGAGGGAGGGAUGAGCAUCUGGAAUAAUUUGCCGAAAGUCCUAUUUUCCCACAACGGUCACUGAACGGAGAGAAUGAUUUGUUUUCUCACUGAGGCUGCUCAUGUUACAUUCUAAAAGCAAAGCUGACCCCACAGCAGUUUCAAGAGAGUUUCUCCUCACUCCCCUCGGCUCUGUGUUUGUGAAGGGAAAGCAUUUUGGGUUCUUACACCAAAGGCGUAGUUGAAAUAGAAAAGAGCUGUAACAUUUGUAACGCGCAAGAGUUUCUUAUAAAGCCAAUGUCUUUGAUAAAGUGAAUAUUCACAGACUUUUGGUAAAGCUGAAGAUGCACAAACUGGCGUUUGUUUACAUCAUCAUCAUCAUCAUCAUCACUAUAAUCAAUGGCCGCUACGUUUGGCGUUUGGAUAAUUGAACACAAACUGGGCUGGCUCCAGUAGUGUAGAGCUCUCUCUAAGCCGCUGUCUGUGCAAUACCGUUUCAAUUUCUCAAUAAAUGUGGAGAUCCAAGUUAUAAAGGUUUUGUCCUAAAGCUAUGUACUUGAGUGGUAUCUAAUGGACUGUGCUGCACAGAUUCUGUCUUUAAACUAUCACUAUAAACAAAUAACCCAUUGAAGUUCAAGGGGCUGCAUGAUUUUCUUUUUUUUUUUUUU